AGGGAGAAGACAGGGCGAACAGGAUGAUUCUCUAUGGGCUACUGCUUAGUUGCCUGGUGACCUUGUCAAGGUCAGCCGUGCCACUGCAGGUCACCAGUCAUUGGGUAGGCGGCUUCAAUGGCGUCUUCUCAGUCCACGCCGAUCAUGCUUACAACGGCUGGAAGGCUCAUAUCGUUUUCGACAAACCAGUAGAGAGUAUAGAGAUAUGGAAGGCUGAUGUGGUGUCGACCAGCGAUGACAAGAAAGAAUACAUCAUCCAGGGAAAGAGCUGGGAUGCAGAUCUCGAGCCAGGGGCCGACCUGGAGAUGAACUUCUUGGGAACUGUGACUGGGGACAGUCCACCCCGGGGGUCAGUUUUCCUUGAAGGACAGAAUCCUAAUGCCACAUUCCCGCCCAUGACCGGCAAUACAGGCCAAGCCUCCCACGGGCCGGACGUGACCGUCACGCUAGGCCCUGGGGUCACCUGGACGGCCGCUCCGGAGAGUAAUACCGCCUUCUGUGAUACACGGGCACACGCCAAGAAAGUCGAUGCAAAAAUGAAGUACGAUUACUCCAAGGUGAUUGGUUACUCCAUCUUGUUCUUCGAAGCGCAAAGAUCUGGUAAACUUCCAGACAAUAACCGCAUCACUUGGCGAGGUGACUCCGCCCUGAAAGAUGGCGCCGACGUGGGCCACGAUCUAACAGGCGGAUGGUAUGAUGCCGGAGACCACGUGAAGUUUGGUUUACCAAUGGCUUCAUCCGUUACAUUGUUGGCCUGGGGUCUCAUCCAAUGGAAAGAUGCGUAUGUAGCUUCGGGGCAGCUUGAGUACAUGUAUGAUUGCAUUAAAUGGCCGCUGGACUACUUCCUGAAGGCUCACACUGCUCCUCAUGAACUUUACGUACAGGUCGGUGAUGGAGGACCUGACCACGCUUACUGGGGACGACCAGAAGAUAUGACUAUGAACAGACCUGCAUUUAAAAUUGACGAAUCAAAGCCCGGAGCGGACGCAGCUGCGGAAACAGCGGCCGCCAUGACAGCGGGAUACCUGGUGUUUAAGGAGAGAGAUCCAGCAUACGCGACCAAACUACUCACGCAUGCUAAACAGCUGUAUGACUUCGCCAACAAAUUUCCCGGUAUUUAUUCAAACAGUGUGAACCAGGCAUCGGGCUACUACAGGUCUAGUCAUUUUGUGGACGAGGUGGCGUGGGCCGCAUGCUGGCUCUAUAUUGCCACAAACGACACACAAUACCUGACGGACGCCGAGACCAAGUACCCGGAUGUCAUCACGGAAAUACCAUGGGCUCUUUCUUGGGACGACAAGAAAAUUGGCGUCGAGGUGAUGUUGUACAAACUGACGGGUAAGGACAAAUACCACACGGACAUCAACACCGCCCUUAACAGCUGGCUACCUGGUGGAAAGUGGCGAUACACCCCCAAAGGACUGGCUUACCGGGAUCGCUGGGGACCUCUCAGAUAUGCUGCAAAUGGCUGCCUCAUAGCUCUGAUGCUGGCUGACUAUGGCGUUAACCCUGUGACUUACCGGAAAUGGGCAGAGAAGGAAAUAAACUAUAUGUUGGGUGACACUGGGCAUAGUUACGUUGUGGGAUUCGGCGUGAACCCCCCAAAGGACCCUCACCAUAGGGGAAGUUCCUGUCCCAGUCGCCCAACGAAAUGUGAUUGGCAGCAGUUCCAGGCGUCUACCCCGAACCCACAAACCCUUUGCGGGGCUCUAGUUGGGGGUCCGGACGAGGGUGACGUGUACACGGACAAGAGAGACGAUUAUGUGCGGAACGAGGUGGCAUGUGACUACAAUGCUGGUUUCCAAUCAGCUGUAGCAGGACUGUUACACUUGGCACUGAAGGGCGACCUUCCAUCAGAAUAUUAAGAGAGCCAUCGUACAGCAAAUUGCAACAGAAAUUGCGCCAUU